UUUCAAGCAGCUAAAAGAACUACUAUCUGAUCAUGGGUCAUUUCAUUUUCAUGAUAUAAAUACCGUUUCGGUCUUCUCUUUUUCUUUUCCCAAAUUUCCCCCGUUUUUCUCUGUAAAAAAAAAACUGUAUUUUUGCUUGUCAUGUUCAACUAAAACAGGAAUUUCUUGGUGGGGUGUAUUCGAAUAUCGCUUCAGCACCAUCCAUUUUGCUUUUAACUUUGUCCUCUCCCUUAAGAUGGAGGAGAAGAUGAGCAAAGGGCUAAAAAGAAUGUUACUUCUGUUGAACUGCGCAAUGUUGGGCUUAGGAAAUGUUGGUGGUCCUCUUUUAAUGAGGCUAUAUUUCUUGAAAGGUGGUAAGGGUGUGUGGAUAUCGAGCUGCUUAGAAACCGCCGGUUGGCCGUUUAUGAUGUUGCCACUCGUGGUAUCAUACUUGUAUCGUCGACGAAAAGAAGGUCCGGGAACCAAGCUUGUCUUGAUAAAAACUCCUGUUUUGCUGGCUAGUAUUGUUCUUGGUGUUCUUACUGGGGUUGAUGACUUUUUGUAUGCUUACGGUGUCGCUCGCCUCCCUAUAUCUACCUCGGCUUUGAUAAUUUCGACUCAACUGGCUUUCACUGCUACGUUUGCGUUUAUAUUGGUGAAGCCGAAGUUUACACCUUUUACGAUCAACUCGGUCUUUUUGUUGACACUCGCAGCGGUUGUUCUGGCACUUCAUACGAGUUCAGAUCGCCCUGCUAAUGAAUCCAAGCUACAGUAUUUCCUUGGGUUUUUCAUGACACUUGCAGCUUCAGCGCUCUACGGGUUUGUGUUGCCGGCCAUCGAGUUAACAUACAAGAAAGCAAAGCAGACCAUUACUUACUCUUUGGUUAUGGAGUCACAGAUGGUUAUGUCAUUUUCGGCUACUGUUUUCUGUUGCAUUGGGAUGCUCUUUCACGGAGACUUCAAGGCAAUUCCAAGAGAGGCAAGUGAAUAUACGCUUGGACAAUCGACAUACUACGUGGUGCUCGUGUUGAACGCAAUCUUAUGGCAGUUGUUCUUCAUGGGAGCUGUGGGUGUGAUUUUCUCAGCCUCGUCGUUACUGUCUGGUAUACUAAUCGCGACUCUGCUUCCAGUGACGGAAUCUUUAGCUGUGGUGUUGUACCAUGAAAAGUUCCAAGUUGAAAAAGCCAUAUCUCUUGUUUUAUCACUUUGGGGAUCUUUGAAUUACUUCUAUGGUGAGUUCCAUGAGAAUAGCAAGGUGAAGAAGCAGAAGCAAGAUACAGAAACAGAUGUAGCCUAAAACCAUGUGCUUCAUCUUAUAUUGCAUCAUAUUAAACAAGUUGCCUAUAUAUAUAUGUAUGUAUACACAUAUAUAUUCUUGUUUCAUGUUUUCCUUUAAAUGAUGUUAACAAGCAUGUAUAAGGUGCGCAUAUAUAUGUGUGUAUUUAUGUAUAUAUGAAAAGUAAGCUUUGAUAUAUAUAAUUAUGAUUUGGAUGCCAA